AUGAGGGUAACACCCGCUGUUUUGAGCAGAGGCUUUGUAGGCCGAAGUCUGGAUGAGUUCAAAAGACUCUCAUUAUUUGCCUUGCGCGGCGACGGCGUUAAGGGCCCGAAAGGCCCAUUCCCCCUAAAAGACUUCCACCAACCCUCAGAAAUCGAAUCCUGCAAAAUAAUGUCCGACAAGGACAUCGGCGGCUUCUCGACUUCGCAUAUGGACUGGAUACCGCCCGUCACGUCUGCCUCUCCCCCACCAACCGAAAACAAAAACGGACAUAUUAAAUUCCACGGCGUCAUCUCCACGGAGCUCCCAGUUGACAGACCAGAUAUUCAUAGGACGGGAUACGCAGCAUGGCGGACGAAAGACCGGCCGCCGACAGUCUUUGGAAAAUCCCUUUGGGACGUCGGCUUUUAUGCGUAUCUAGCGCUGCGAAUCAAGAGCGACGGGCGGAAAUACUUCAUAAAUCUGCAGACAGAGACUGUUGUACCCACAGAUAUCCACCAGCACCGAUUGUACUCGCGGCGGCCUGGCGAGUGGGAGACCGUGCUCGUUAAGUGGAACGACUUCGUGAGGACAAACCACGGAGUUGUGGUGGAGCCUCAGAGGGAGUUAUUAAAGCAGAAAGUGCGAACUAUCGGUAUCGGGUUGAUUGAUAGGGUUCCUGGACCGUUCGAGCUGUGUAUAGACAGGAUUUGGGCGACGAAUGAGUUGGGGCAGGAGGAUAUUAAGGAGGAUGAUAGGGCGGAAGAGGGACAGUUGAAGAGUAAACAUGGGCAGCAAAUCAAGUGGAGCAAGGCGAGGUUAAAAUCUUCCUAA